GACAUACGCACACACACACACAACACGUGCACACGCCCCGCCCGCUGGCGGCCAUUCCCGCCGUAUUUCCCGCCCUGUUUAUUUCCCGCGGUAUUUAUUUCCCGCCGUAUUUCCCGCUGUAUCCGCGCACCGCUCCCUGCGUUCCCCUCCCGCUCCCCGCCACCUCCCCGCUCAUGCGCCGCUGCUCGGGUGAGUGCGGUAGCACUCCGCGGGCCGCCAUUGGCUGCUGGGGCGGCGCGCGGGGAGGCGCGCACGGCUGCCAUUGGCUGGCGCGGGCAGACGCACGGCGCGCUGACGUCAAAGUGCGGCGCGCGGCAGAGACGGGCCGGGGGCUGUGGGCGCCAUGAGUAAAGCGCACCCACCCGAGCUGAAAAAGUUCAUGGACAAGAAGCUGUCGUUGAAGCUGAACGGCGGCCGGCACGUGCAGGGCAUCCUGCGGGGCUUCGACCCCUUCAUGAACCUGGUCAUCGACGAGUGCGUGGAGAUGGCACCGGGCGGGCAGCAGAACAACAUCGGCAUGGUGGUGAUCCGAGGGAACAGCAUCAUCAUGCUGGAAGCUUUGGAACGAGUAUAAACCCCUGGAAAACCCCAAAUCCUGACCCACCAGCUCCAUUCCCUCAUCCAAGACGCCGCUCACAAGUGUACAAUUAUUUUGGGUUUUGUUAUUAAAUCAAUUUUGUAAUGGUUGAUCUAA